AUGGGGCAGCCAGCGGCGUUUCCAAACUUUCGGCAGCUUGCGGUGCUGCACAGAUCUAACCCUGCACUAAUGGCUGGAGAGCACAGUGCUGCCAUCUCGACAGUGGGUUGUACUGUGAGAGUGGAACAGGUGGACGCUGCGCAGGUGGUGUACCUGAUGCGGAGCCAGCGGCGGGUGGCGCGCCUGGUUCAGCAGACGCGCGAAGCGUGCGCGCGCCUGGGGGACGGGCGCGCCGCGGCGGCCGAGCUGCGCCUGCGCAGACUGACGCUGGGCUGCGUCGCGUGCUGCAGCGGCGUCGGCUGCGUGUGGGCGGCGGGCCCGCUGCUCGCCGACGGCGACGCCCUGCCCUACCGCCUCUGGUCGCCCCUCGACGUCACCGCCGCGCCCGGUUACCACAUCACCUACCUCCUCUCGGUGGCUAUCCUGGCACCGCUGGUGGAGGCCUUCGUCAACCUGAACGCGUUGUACCUGGGCCUGAUGGUGCUGACGAGUGCGCGCUUCUCCAGCCUCAAUUCGCGAUUCGCUGCCAUCUCUAAAGAGAUGGACGGCAGUGGCCGUCUUGCCACCGCAGAGCUGGCGCGCUGUGUGGCGCAGCACGUACACCUGUUACGGUUCUGCAGCGAACUGUCUGAUGUUCUGAGUCCAGUGCUUCUCUCGCAGUUCGGCUUCACCAUCGUCAUCAUCUGCCAGACUGCGCUGCAAACAACCAUGGAGCUGGAACUGAGCCCAAGGACAAUGAAAUUCAUGGGACUUCUAUGGCUGGGAAUUUCGGAGCUUUUCUUGUACUCCUACAUGGGACACAAAAUAAUGUCACAGGCGAGCGACGUGCAGCUGUCAGCGUACAGCUGUGGCUGGCCGGACUUGGACAGCAGCUUCAAGAAGAGCGUGAGCUUCAUCAUCCAGCGCGCCCAGAAGCCUCUGCACUUCUCCAUCGGCAAGAUGUACGUCCUGUCGCUGCGGACAUUUGUGGAGGUCAGUCUGCUAAACUCUCAGCGGUGCACAUUGCUGGGUGCUUGA